UAGGAGGAGGAGAAGGAGGUGGAGGAGUCAUCAUCGUGGCCAUUGUCUUCAGAGAAAAGAGAGCCCUUUCAAAGUUCCUGCCCCCUGGGAUGGCCAGGCCCCCCUGAUGAGUCACUAAGCUGCCACCUGCUUCUGAGCAUUGUCCCACCUGGUGGAACCUUCAGAACCCGGAGGUGAGAGGACUCCACUGAAGCCACACCUGCUGUGCAUAACCCGGCUCCUCCUGCUGGCCCGAAGCCCUGCCCUCUCGCUCCCUGGUAGCCGAGCCUGGGUCUCACCUGGAUAGCUUCGAGGCGGCCCGCGCCAUCCAUCCUCACGUGCCUGCAGCCAUGAACUUCCUCCGGCGACGCCUCUCCGACAGCAGCUUUGUGGCCAACCUGCCCAAUGGCUACAUGCCAGACCUGCAGCGCCCUGACAGCUCCACCAGCUCCCCCGCAUCCCCAGCCACCGAGAGGAGGCACCCACAGCCCCUGGCCGCCUCCUUCUCCUCACCUGGAUCCAGCCUCUUCAGCUCCUUCCCUAGCUCCAUGAGGCCAUCCCCGCAGGCCCCCUCUGGGCCCACGGAGCCCCCAGUGCCCUCCACGCCCGUGGUCCAGAGGCCUCGGAUCCUGUUGGUGAUCGACGACGCGCACACAGACUGGGCGAAGUAUUUCCACGGAAAGAAGGUGGACGGAGAGGUUGAGAUCCGAGUGGAACAGGCUGAGUUCUCCGAGCUGAACCUGGCGGCCUGCGUCACCGGGGGCUGCAUGGUGGAUGUGCACGUGGUGAGAAACGGGACCAAGGUGGUGAGGUCCUUCAAGCCGGACUUCCUCCUGGUCCGCCAGCAUGCCUACAGCAUGGCACUCGGAGAGGACUACCGGAGCCUGGUCAUCGGCCUGCAGUACGGGGGUCUGCCUGCUGUCAACUCCCUCUACUCCGUCUACAACUUCUGCAGCAAGCCCUGGGUGUUCUCCCAGCUCAUCAAGAUCUUCCAUACCCUGGGCCCCGAGAAGUUCCCGCUCGUGGAGCAGACAUUCUUCCCCAACCACAAGCCAAUGCUCACGGCCCCGCACUUCCCCGUGGUGGUCAAGCUGGGACACGCGCACGCUGGGAUGGGAAAGAUCAAAGUGGAGAACCAGCUUGACUACCAGGACAUCACCAGCGUGGUGGCCAUGGUCAAGACCUAUGCCACCACCGAGGCCUUCAUCGACUCCAAGUACGACAUCCGCAUCCAGAAGAUCGGCUCCCACUACAAGGCGUACAUGAGAACCUCCAUCUCCGGGAACUGGAAGGCCAACACGGGCUCAGCCAUGCUGGAGCAGGUGGCCAUGACCGAGAGGUACCGGCUGUGGGUGGACAGCUGCUCCGAGAUGUUUGGUGGCCUGGACAUCUGUGCGGUGAAGGCCGUGCACAGCAAGGAUGGCAGAGACUUCAUCAUCGAGGUCAUGGACAGCUCAAUGCCCCUGAUCGGGGAGCACGUGGAGGACGACAGGCAGCUGAUGGCCGACCUCGUGGUGUCCAAGAUGAGCCAGCUCCUGGUGCCAGGGGCCACGGUGCCCUCGCCCCUGAGGCCCUGGGCUCCACAGACUAAGCCAGCAAAGUCUCCAGGCCAAGGCCAGCUGGUGCCUCAGCUGGGACAGCCCCAGACCCGCCCACCGCCGCAAGGGGGCCCUCGCCAGGCUCCGUCUCAGCCCCCCAGGCCUAGAAGCCCCUCCCAGCAGCGGCUCUCCCCACAAGGCCAGCAGCCCCUGAGCCCACAGCCGGGGUCCCCGCAGCCGCAGAGGUCCCCGGGCUCUCCACAGCUGGCCCGGGCUUCCGGGGGCUCCUCCCCAAGUCAGGCCUCCAAGGCGGGUACCACCCUCCCGUCCCAGCCCCGGCCACCUGCACAGGGCCGCAGUGCCUCCCAGCAGGGAGAGGAGCCCAAGAAGACAGCGCCGCCCCAUCCCCACCUCAACAAAUCCCAGUCCCUGACCAACAGCCUCAGCACGUCGGACGCCUCACAGCACGGGGCCCCGAGUGAGGACGAAGCCAAGGCCGAGACCAUCCGCAGCCUGAGGAAGUCCUUCGCCAGCCUGUUCUCCGACUAGCGCCAUCCCGACUGGGGCACAGGAGGCCGCCCUCACUCGAGACCCUCCUGCCUCAGCCACCUCCUGACCCUCAGGUCCCAGGGUUUGCAAAGGCCUUUGACCCAGGAACUGGUCUCUACUGUGUUCCCACUUUCCCUGGCCGUGACGUCCCACCUCCGUCUGAGCCAGGGCAGUGACGCCCUCCCCCUCGAGAACCACGGCACCACUCACCCACCCUCCUGUUUGCCCGGCCCCGUGAGUGGCCCUACAUCCCCUCCCGUGCAGCUGUGCUUGCCUGCAGCACUGGCCCCGCCCCGGCCAGCUGGUCACUGGAAGAGCGCCUCGUGUCAGAGGGAGGCCAGUGGCAGGCGCAGCACCGAGCCGUGCACUGAGGCCUCCGCUCUGCCAGGCAGCAGGCCUGGGGCUCCUGAGGGCAGCAGAAGGAAGGCAACUCCCACAGCACACGGGGCCACUGAGAACCACGGAACGGGACGCUGUCCUGACAGCGCCACCCAGCAUAUCCUCCUCACGGUUCUCAUGGGCCCGGGCAGCUCCCACAAGGGCUCAGCCUCCCUGUCUCCUGCGGGGACCCUGCAUCCUCCUCCAGGCGAUCCACGUGCAGGACCAGAGCUGCAGGGUCAGGAACUUCCUGCUGUGUAGCAAGGUGCAGGCGUGACUCAGUUUCCAGAGCUCUGGGUCAGGCAGGGUUGAAGGGGAUCAGCACUCUGCCACCUGGCAAGCAGACCAGCUGCAGGAUGGAAGGGCACCCAGACUCCCUUCCCGGCACUUCCCGCCCUGCCCAGACGAACCCUCUGAUGGAGGCAUCCCAAGCCACCAACCCCUGGUGCUAGAAACACUGCAGGAGAUAAGCAGCCCCCGACGCCGAAGGCACCUUGUUACCGCGUUCUCCUGACAGCAGCUGGGCUUGGGGAACGGAGGAGGAAGACUCCAGGCAGUCCGCAGUCAGGAGCAGCUUCUAGUUGUGCCCAGAGGUAUAUUCGCCUGUGAUCUGCUGAGACCCAGCCAGGCCCGGGCAUACGACCGGUCGCCACCUUGUCCAUCCCUGCAGACGGGAGCAGUGAGCCCAGGCCUACCUUUCCCGCACUUUCACCUCGAGCCUCCUCGGUGGAGCCCACCCCCAAGCUGGCUUCCUGCUUCCUGACAGGCUGCUGGCGAGGCCCUGGCUGGGGUCGACCACCAGCUUGGUGCGGGCCUCAGGUCCUCCUUGCUUCCUGGUGCACUUCUCUGAGAGCCUGCGCUACCCGAGACGUCCUCUUGCUCUGGACCCCAGACCAGCUCUGGUGUAAGGAAGAUGGACAGGUCUAGCUGCCAGUGACCAGGAGCCCUGCCAUGGCAGCGCCUCCCUCCUGUGCUCAGCUCCACACCACCACAGACCGAGCAGGCCAGGAGCAGCCUGCAUCCUCCACAGUCACCAGGACUUGCACCUUUCUGAACAGGACGGACAGCUCCGUGAACAAUGGACACGUGGCCUAGGGUUGCCACUUUCCUAUUAUUUCUUCCCGUGUCCCUAGAAAGACCGAGGCACACACAAAUCUCCCCACUAUGUCAACUGCAGUAGCAAAGGCUCCCUCCCACCCCAAACUGGGCCGGGCCCUGGUAGCCUCACACAGAUGGCUCUGCACCUCGAGGCGACUCGGGCCUGCAGAGCACGUCACGUCUGAGUCAUCCUGCACAGGUCUGCGAGCACACACAGUGGCGCUCGGUGCAGUCUCCUGGAGGCCACAGACCCCCAAGUGGACCUCUCCCAGAGACGAGCUGUGCUCCUUCCAAAAAUGUGACCUUUAAUAGCUGUGGCUUCUGGACACAAGAACGGGCAGGGAUCAUUGUACAUAGCUUCUAAAAGGUUGUAUUUGUUGUUUUUGCUUUGUUUUCCAACUCUGACUCAAAGAAAGGCUAGCAUUUUCCCUGCAUGCCGACUCAUGCAGCUGACAUAGGACAAAGCCCCAUUCAGCCUGUGCACAGUGAACGGCGUGGGGGGGGGGUGCCUCCCCCAGCCAGCGGAAGUCUCCUCCCAGCUUCCUCCGACCACAUGGUGAGCUGCACGGGACUUGGCCAAGCCAUCAGCCUUCUGGUCACCAGUGCACGUGUGCUUCCUCCCCAGCCGCCCCUCCUCGCACUCGGGCCCUGUUGGUGGCAGUGAGUCCCACCCUCCCCAAACUUCAGGUGAUGGGGCUGCACACGCGUAACAAAUGCCGGCAGAGCCCCUGAGCUCAGCACACCUGCAUCUGGACGCUGGGCCAUGGCCGCGCAGCGGGACCGCACUCCGCUCUGCACGUGGUAGACACUGGCUCCCUAGAACACGCUGAAAUCAGUGUGAGGUGAGGGAAGAGCAUCAACGUGAGGUCGCCUGCCCAGGAAUGGAAUCAAACCAAGGUGAGUGAAGUGAGGUCAUAGAGGAGAGGCUAUAAGGCCAGUGGCAGCUUCUUAAUCCCAACAGGACCUCUUCCAGGCUGUACCAGGAGGAGAGCAGCGGGAGGCGCUGCAGGGUCACCACUGACCCCCUCAGGGCCUUCACAGCAAAGGCCAGCCCCAAGGCCAGGACGUGGCUCUCCACAGGUGAGCCAUGCGGGCUGCACCCCACCACAGCCAGCGGCAGGCACGAGGUCCUUCUGUCCCCACUGUGAGCGACCAGUCUCUCAAGCUUGGCCCCUCCUGUUCCGCAUUUAGGGUUCAUGGAGGCUGCGCUUCGUGAGCGGCUAAGCUGGUUCAGUCAGGCUUGUAGGUGCAAGCGGUAACCUGGGUAACCAUCAGGACCCCUGCGCCCUGGUCCCUGGCAGGUGUCCUAGACCCUCGGCUGUCCUAGAGCCCUAAGCAGCCACAGAUCAAAGGCUUCAGUCUGAGAACAGAAGAGGCGGCGGCAGCAGCUGGGCGACAAGCGAGCUGGAUGGGUCCAUGUGUCCAGCAGUGCGUAGAGGACACAGAGGCUCCCUGAUUCCAGAGACUAACGUGGACACUUGGACUGCCCAUGGGGUCCCAGUGGGUGGGCCGAGGAAGACAAAUGGCAGGGAAGGGGUCUCCAGGCUCAGCGGGGCUGCCUCAGGGACACCAGUCUGACGCCAACUCUCCUCCGGUAGGGCGCGCUGUCCUGAGCGUGACCUUUCCUCACUGGCAAAAUGCUCUUCCCCCCGCCCCGCUUCCCCAGCUCCCCUGCGCCCAGCCCCUGCGGCCUCUUGCUGGCUUCAGCAGGGGCAAUGGACUCUUCCCUGCUCUGGGCAGAGAGCAGAAGCAGUGCCACCACCACUGGCGAAAGCAGGAGACCGAUGCUACGCGAGCCCUUCUCUGCGAGCCACCCUGUGCUCCGCGUCCCCGAGGCAGGUGGCCUGGACCCUGAGUGGGCCCCACGCCCCAGUGUGGCAGUGUGGCUGGGCAGCCGUGCCCAGGGCAGGGGUAGGCAGGGCAGGGGCAGGGAGCACGGCCCAGCUGAGUUAGGGGUUCAGAGACCCUGGGCCCAGCAGUGGACUAGAGCCAGACAGAGCCAAGCAGAGCCAGAGAACAGGACUCUCCCUCGCUGGGAGGGAGCAGGGAACGCUGAGGGCCACGGAGAGUGGGGAAGGCUAGAGUUGGCAGUGCGAGCUGCACCUUCCUCACUGCUCCCCUGGCCUCUUGCUCCCAUUACAGCAUGCGGGGCUGAGGUCAGCGAAGCGCGGGAACCGGAUCCUGCCAGCCAAGGGUUCACUCAGGCACCAGCAAUGCAGAGCUCGUGUGCCUGGUGACAGGAAUGUGGGAUUUUACAAGCUGCUAACUGUACCUUUGGCUACCAGUUGGGAGGAAAUGCUUUGAAGACCAUUUUACGAACUGGUCAUACUACUGAGGUGUGUGUGCAUGUGUAUCGCUAGGGCACACUGCCGAGACCCCGGGAUCUGCGCCGUCUGCAGGGCCCAGCAGCCUGGCAAGGAGCGCUCAGGAACGGCUGCGUCCUGAGCACUCGCUGUCCCGCAGCACCUGGCGCUUCUAGUCACCACUGCGUCCUGACGCCACUUCACACACAUAGGGGCCACAGAAGGGACGCGUGGACCCCAGCGCAGGGAGGUCCUUCCGCCCCGACCCAAAUGAAGCCAUGGCACGCAGUGGCACUCACGUUAGAAAGACUUCCCGAGAUAUGACCACCUCGGCUAGCUGUGGGCAACCUGCCCUCGCCUGCCACAUAGGAGGGACGUGGCCUCCCCAGUCAGACUGAACUCUUCACUGUGAUGGAAAAGACUCAGUGUACGAAAAAUAGCAACUCACUCGUACAGAGAACUAAGGGUAUCUCGUAGCACAUAACAUUCCAAGCCAUUUCCUUAUAUGCAAAACAUUUUUUAAAAAGCAAAGACACUGGCAAUAUUCAUAGGCACUUUCUGCAGAUGCAGGUAGUGUUCAUUCCUCUGCUGUGAUUCAGAUUUUAAUUUGCCACUAUAGCAUGUUUCUGUAGUUGUAUGAUGUAAAUUUGUGUUUGGCCUUUUUCUUAUAGAAAAAUAAAUCUUGGAUUUUGCGUUAAGUCUUAAAA